AUGGGACGCAACGCCCGAAAGCGCAUCUCCUACGUGCUGCCACUUGCGAACUCAGCGGGAGGACAUCGGCUGGGAGUCAACGGCUUGGCUGUCGACCCAGCCAACUCUAUUCUCUACUCGGGUGGACGAGAUGGCGUAAUUUGCGCAUGGGACCUGCACCUUGAUUUGAACAAGCAUGACUCCGAAGAACGCGACCCCUUCGCCGACUCCAAUGCCACCGACUUCAAACCUCCACCCACCCAGUUCCGCCAGCAGGUCCAGGCGCACACCCACUGGAUCAAUGACAUUGUACUUGCCCAGAACAGCCAGGCCCUCGUCUCUGCCUCUUCCGAUAUCACCGUAAAGGUAUGGCGGCCAGCUGCCACCGACGCGCUUCCACCGCAGACCAUUGGCCUACACACCGAUUAUGUUAAGCGCGUGGCGUCGCCAGGCGGCAACGAGAACUGGGUAGCAUCAGGUGGGCUGGAUCGCAAGAUCAGCCUGUGGGAUCUGAACGGUGCUGGCAAGAAGCUCGAGAUAGCUGUGGGCGAGGACGAGAAUACCGCCAAGGGCUCGGUGUACGCAUUGGCCGCGACGCCCAACAUCAUUGCCAGUGGUGGACCAGAGAGCAUUGUGAGGGUCUGGGACGCCAGGACGGGCAAGCGCAUCACCAAGUUUGUUGGACACACGGACAACGUGAGGGAUAUACUAUUGGCACAGGAUGGCGACACCAUCCUGACGGGCUCGUCUGAUCAGACAGUCAAGGUGUGGUCCAUGACCGCAGGUCGCUGCAUGUACACGCUCACCAUGCACAACGACAGCGUGUGGUCACUAUACUCGGACUCGCCAGACCUCUCCGUCUUCUACUCUUCUGACCGAUCGGGCGUAGUAGCGAAAAGUGACGUUCGAGACUGCGCUGAAAUGGAUGAAGGUCUCUCAGUUGCGGUAUGUCAAGAGCACGAUGGCGUGAACAAGAUUGUUGCCGCGGGCGAGUACGUCUGGACGGCAACCUCGAGUUCGAGCAUCAACAGGUGGAACGACGUCGAGACAUGCGCCGAGGUCGAGCUACCUCAAGACUACAAAUGGCACAGGAGUAGUAUGUCUACCAUGCGAUCCCGCUACCCUUCGCCCCCUGGAGCGAGCCCGCCUGCAAAUGGAGCGACACCAAAAAUACCCCUAAAAUCCCUGCUUCGCAUGUCGAAUACUGCGCCAUUUCCCCAAGCUCUCGCUACAAAGGAUCCCGAUGCUUCGACUGUGGCUAGCAUUCGCAAACCUGCAGAGGUUUUGAUUCAGUCGGAUCACAAUACCACUGCUCCUGUUCGAAGCCUUCCUGACUUCACCAUUGAAGGCCAGAAUGGUUUGAUUAAGCAUCAUCUACUGAAUGAUCGCAGAAGAGUAUUAACUCUCGAUACGGCGGGAGAGGUGAUGCUGUGGGAUCUUCUGCAGUGUGUUCCGAUCAAGUCCUACGGCAAAAAGCACAUGGAAGAUGUCUUACCCGAGAUAAAUACUCGCGACAGUGUUGCACACUGGUGUGGUGUAGACACACGGAUAGGUACUCUAACCUGUGUUUUAGAAGAGAAUUAUUGCUUUGACGCUGAAUCGUAUGCGGACGAUCUUCAGCUGGAAGAGCAGAUUGAGUUUCGUGAAGAUCACAGGAUAAACCUGGGCAAGUGGAUUUUACGGUACCUAUUCUCGAAUCUCAUAGACGAAGAGAUAAGACGAGACGAGAUCUUCCGAGCCGACCUUAUAAAGCAGAAAGAAGAGGAACCGAAGCCCAGCCGGCCUACCAAUAUCGAGUUGCCGGAUCCUGGCCUCAGUGGGUGGGACAACAACGUUUCUGGACCCACCUCAGCCUCUACAAUCAAGGCCAACAAUGGAUUUCACUUACCGCACACCCCUGGGCUGGCUAUUGGACUAGCAACACCCAUGCAGGCACCACCCAGUGCAGGUCGCAAUUCUCAGAGCAACACAGUCCUGACCCCCACUACUGAGGAGGGUGCACAGUUGGAGAAGACAUCAACGCAACGAAGCUCAACGCAGGAUGGUGGUGAUUACUUUGGCAGUGCUUCCACCACUAACACGAACGGCAACAGCAAUGGCAAGCCUGGUGAUGCAAAGGAGGGCACCGCAGAAUCGAAAGACGAACCUUUGCAAUCGCCCUCGGAGCCAGAUACACCAGCCAAGAAGGGUAAAGGCAUGUUUGGCAAGAAGUUCUUCAAUAUGAAAAAGUUCAGCACCGGGACCGCUACAGCCGAACCGGCCAAGCCAGCUGUGGACGAAAAGGCAGAGGACAGUGACUCGCGAUCCAGCAAGACGGACGAGAAAACCAUCGAGGAUAACUUCUUCGGUUCCAUACAAAGGAUACGGCAGGGCUAUGAAGAACAACUUGCUGCCGGUGCCACGAAGCUCGAAACGCAAAUCGCGCCCAGCUUGCCCAGCGAAACUCCUGUGCUGAAGCCCCCAGCCUCAACGACCAUCUUGAUCCAAGAGGACCGUCCAGACUCGGGCGGUGUAGCCGAUCUCUUCGAAGGCAAAGUAGGCAGUCUAGGUCUCCAGGCAGACCUGAUAGAAAAAGCAGCACCCAUGUGGCUCGCCGAAGUGUUGUUACGCAACCAACUCCCCAUCAAAGACAUUGUCAAAGUCUCCUUCAUCCUCGAGCCCUUUAACAACGCGCUCCCCAGCAUCUCCUCGGACGGGUACAUUCCCUUUUCCCUCCCCUUCGAAACCGCAGCCCGCGCUAACGCCCGCCUCAGCAAUAAUCGCCUCAAUGCAAACCGCAUGCUGCGCGCACGCAAGAUUCUGGGCUACGUUGCCGAGCGCAUUGAGCCCGCGUUGUCAAAGGAAGAGGGCGAGGUGGAAGAUGCUGGUUUGAAGCCAGAAGAGUAUUUGGAACUUUGGUGUAAUGGCCAGCCUCCAUACGCGCCCACGUCUGGCGCGGCGGCGGCGACGUCCUACUCCACUACAAGGCAAACGGCCGCAAGGAAAUCAAAUACAAACCCUAUCCUGGUCCGCAGUCUGGUGCGCCGCCGGGUCCUGUGCAUGGUUUGGGGUUGGCGGCGGCGGGGCAGACGCAGAGUGCGAGGGUGA